AUUGAUUCCGGUUUUAGCAAACACUUCGCAGACGCAGAAUUUCUUUUGACGGAGUCGUCUUAAAAUUCUUUAGCAGAGCUCGUUCGAGGUGCUUUUUUUUAAUCAGUUAAAACAAAUUUUUGUAUGAGUCAAAAGGUAGAAAAACCAGUUCUAUCCGGUCAACGCAUCAAGACCAGAAAAAGAGAUGAAAAAGAAAAGUACGAUCCAGUUGGAUUUAGAGAUGCAAUAAUCACUGGUCUGGAUAAGUGCGCUAAGGAUUUUGAAGCAAUCUCUCGUUACCUGGAUGGUGCAGGCAGCAAGUUAGAUUAUCGACGCUAUGGGGAGAACCUCUUUGACAUACUUAUUGCUGGAGGCAUAUUGGUGCCAGGAGGCACGCUCAAUUUGGAGGGCGAAAUCUCCAAAACGGAUGCGUGCAUCUUUAACACUCCGGACGAGAUCAACAUUGAUGUGAUGAAGAGUUGGGAACAAGUUUUCGUCAAGCUAAUGCGUCGGUACAAGUAUUUAGAAAAAAUUUUUCAGGAAGAAAUAAAGAAAAUCCUGACGUACGUGAAGUACUUUAAACCGGAGGAUCGCAAGAAGCUGUCGGUAAUGAUGUUCCUCUGGAUUUCGAAUGGUAGUCUGCCAUUCAGUUCCGUUCUAACCCUGAACAAUUCGCAUCUGGUCAAGGACCAUCUCGCACUCGAUUUCCUAAUCGACAUAUUUAAAUGGUGGCGUCAAGAGCGAGGCGUCAUGUCGCUUCAUUCGUCCAUCAAAAAGUCGAACAUCGAGUCUCAUUUGAUGACGUUCGUGCCCGACAGCAAACAGUCGCAGGCCUAUUUCCGCUCGGCUUUCGAAGAGAAUGGUCUCGACGAAAUUCUCAAACUUUAUAACGAUCAGCAUCAGCUUCAGGCCAAGAAGGAACUUCAAAUUCUCCUCAACGAUGGCCUUACCGAAGGCAAACCCCUACGCGAUAUUGUCAUUGAAUUGAAAGAAUACGCGGUUAAAGAAGCUAUUCAAGAACACGAAACAGUUUGUAUUAUAUGGACGACUGUUAUGGGUCUACCUGAAUGGAAUAAAAAAGAAGAAUUGGUAACUGACCAAGCUGUUCGUCAUUUGAAACUGUACACAGCAUUGUUUUCGGCGUUUGCGCAAAAUGCGCGUUCCGAACUGAGUUUGUUGUUGAAGGUACAAGAAUAUUGCUACUCGAACAUGACGUUUAUGAAGGCCUUCCAGAAGAUCAUUAUGUUGUUCUAUAAAACAGAUGUGAUCUCUGAACAGGUGAUCCUCAAAUGGUAUAAACAGGACUUUAACGUUAAAGGGAAAAUGAUGUUUGUGGAUCAGAUGAAGAAGUUUAUUGACUGGUUGCAGAACGCGGAGGAGGAAAGUGAUUCUGAUAGGAGCAGCGACUAGGUUAAAUACAAUCCAGCAUUGGAACCAGUGCCACCACAUUGGAAAACAAAAAGUUCACAAUACCAUUUUUUCCCAUGUAAUUAUCAUAUUGUAUAAAUAAUUCUGGUGCCUUACUCGGUGUGUGGCAUGAUUAUAAUUAAAAAAAGUAAUAAAAAAUGUGGAAAAAAGAUAAAAAUAGGAACGACCGGGGAAUUGUAUCAACCUCAGAAAAAUUAUUGGAAGUAUUAGUAGUGCAUUGGAAAAAAUGUUAUUUGUACAGACGUCUCGCCAAUAUUGUCAAAAUAACUCAAUGUUAUAUAUAAAUGAUUUAUUGUCAAUUUUUUUAAUAUACAAAGAUGAAAUUUUACCGUGUUUCUGUACAUUUUGAAUGAGUUUCCGUUGCGACUCAGUUUUCCGUUUCGUUUUCAUUUUGUUUCUAUUUUAUGUUCUAAAUUUUGUUCUUUGUAACUUUCGUUUAUUAGAUGAUGUGCAAAUUUAUUUCUACCAUCAGUUUAAAUAGCUCGUAUUAGGUUAAUUAGUCGAAAUAAUUUAAAGAUUACAGCAGGCAGCGUCGCUGCCCAUUAAUGAUGUGUUUAGGUAAUGCUCAAAUCAACAAUUGGAACGUAAUUAUUUAACUAAGAGACUUCGAAAUGGUACAGACUGCAAAAUAGAGCGAGCCUGUUUUUUUUAAUGCUCUGUUAUUGUCCCACAAAUGUUAUUGUGCGGACAAUCGAGCAUGAUAGUAGAGAAGUUUAAUUUUUACCAUUUUGUUGUAGCAUACUAUUUUAUUUAAUAAUAAAUUUUGUAACUGUAUUUUA